GGACAUUGGAGACUUUGGUCUGUGCAUAGACAAGACAACCAGAGUCACAAUCUCAAAUGUUCGAAGAAGUUGAGUUUGGUUAGGAGUAACCCAAUUGAGUUGUAGAAAAAAUAUCAUCGACUCCUCCUCGUAUUCGCAUAUUCUUUACCUCAGGCGAUGGAUGCCUCAAAUUGCUCAUCUUUGAACCCAAUAAUAUAAAAGCAAACUCUCAUCUCCAAACACCUCACAAUCUCUCGAACCUGCCUCUCUUUUCUUGGUUCUUCCUCUGUUUCGAUGCAGAAUGAAACUGGGCGUAGAGUUAGCAGCUUGUUGAAUCACUGUUUUCAUGGGCUCUCUUGUUCUGAUCACUUCUUCCUUCAAAGGCUUAAGCUUUGCGAGUUUGUCUAAAUCCAGUUCAGUGAGUUAUUCUUGUUUUCCGCUUUUCAGAUACAACAAGUCCAAAAGAUUCAGGAAAUCUUCACUCACUGUAAAUUCUUUGAGCCCUCAGAACCCUAACUCAACAUGGGGCGCUUACAGCUCCCCCGUCAAACCCUUUUCAUAUUUACUCCCGUUUUUUCAGAAAGUCAGGGACUUUGCCAUAAAAUCCUCGAAGCGAAAAUGGGCCUCUGUUUUUCAAGAUUUUAGUGUUCAAGAAACUAAGCUUAUGCAAAAUGGUGCAUUUGGGACAGCUCUCAUGAGCGUGACAGCAACAGCUAAGGUUAAGAUAAGUCCCUUUGUGGCUACAUUAGCUGCGAACCCGACUUUUGUAUCGGCUUUGUGUGCGUGGGCUAUUGCACAAUCGACCAAAGUCUUCUUGAAUUUCUGUGUGGAGAGGAAAUGGGAUUUCAGAAUUAUGUUUGCCUCUGGUGGAAUGCCUUCUUCGCAUUCUGCCUUGUGCACUGCAUUGACUACUUCUGUGGCUAUUUGCCAUGGGGUUGCUGAUUCUUUGUUUCCAGUUUGUUUGGGAUUUAGUUUGAUUGUUAUGUAUGAUGCUAUUGGCGUCAGACGGCAUGCAGGGAUGCAAGCUGAGGUUCUCAAUCUGAUCGUUGAGGACUUGUUCCAAGGGCAUCCAAUAAGCCAAAGAAAACUCAAGGAACUUCUUGGCCACACACCAUCCCAGGUUUUUGCUGGAGCUCUACUAGGAAUCCUGGUAGCUUGGAUGUGUUGUCAGGUUUGCCCGUUUCUCGUCUGAUAGUGAUACACUCCCUUCAGACAUGCAACGGAGUGAUACCAGUAAUCUUUGUGGAUGAAAUACAUUGAAAAAAUCAAGUAGUUUUGGCUAGUAUGUCGAUGUCUGAGUAUAGUGGGUAAAUCCAGAUUAGAGUACUUUGAACAAGAUGACAUUCUUGUCACUGUAAUGGAUGUUGUAUCAGGUUUCGGACCUUAAUAGGAAUUAUUGGUUUCUGCUCUAUGACUA